AUGACCGUGAAUAGUGCCAUUGCGGGGCUCCCCGCCUACAAGGCCCUCGACGCCUACCUCACCACCGGCGGCGACAAGAACUCCCUCGACGACACCAUCCAUGAAUACAACGACCUCGCCAAGGCCGCCGAGUCAUCCCUCGAAGACUUCCUCUGGGACACGUACAACGCCAUCUUCGCGACCGCCAAGCAGACGCCCCCGGAAAAGCAGGCGCCCCUCGUCGACUUCGUCCAGCGCCUGCGCGAGACCACCGUCACCGGCGCCGACGGCCAGGCCCUGCACCUGAGUGAAGGCGUCGUGUGGAAGGAUCUGCCCACCUUUGGAUGGGUUGCUCGCGAUCUCUGGAACUUUGACGUCACCGACGCAUCCGCUUCAAAGGAGGACAAGAAAUCCUGGGACAACCUCGCCGCCUUCCUCGCGCAACUCACCUCCCGCGCCUCCGUCUCCGAGGGCACCGCCGACCCGCUGGACUACUCCACCUACGGCCUGUGGGCCCUGCGCACCGCCUUUGAGGAGGAGCACCCCGCCGGCGCGGACAAGAGCGCCGCGCUGAGGCAGGCGUCGAUCUGGAUCAAGUACUCCGGCGAGACGCUGCAGAAGCUCGCCGCCCGCGACGCCCAGCUCGAGGCCAAGACGGGCAAGGCGGGCGGCAAGUUUGGCGGGAAGGAGUGGAGGGGGUUCAACCAGGAGAGGUGGGGCGUGUGGACGGAGGCGUUUACGGCGGCGCAGGGUGAGGUUGCUGAUGAGGAGGUGAAGGGGUUGGCUGAGGAGGCUGUUGGGAUUAUGAGGAAGUGA